CCACAAUCACAACACUCUCUCAGAGAGCUUUAUCCCCUCCCUUCCUCCAUGGCGUCUCCCGCCGCUUCUCCCUCCUUAUCUCUUCUCUCACUCACUUCAAAACCUCCUCCGUCUCCCUCCUCCGCCACGCACCGUCUUCUUUCUUCGUUCAGAACCAACGCCCGUUUCGCGCCUCUAACACUCAAACCCCGCCGCGGCGGCCGUUCGAUCAUCGCCAGAGUAGACGACGGCGACGCCGACGGGGGAGGACAGGACGAGUACGACAUGGACGACGAGGAAGUGGAGGAAGUGGACAACAAGAAGGACUACGACGUCGAGUACGACCCCUUGGCCGCCGCGAUGAUGGCAGCCGCGAGCGGCGGAGUUGGCGGAGACGGGGACAUCGCGUUCGUGCAGAGCAAGAGCUUCAUAUCGACGCAGGGGUGGGACUCGGAGAUGGUGGUGGAUUACAGGAUAAACGAGGAGGAGUUCCAUAAGAUCAGCUUGCUGGACUGCGAUUUCUUCAUCAGGAAGCCGCCUGAUCCUGAUAACGAUGUUUAUGACUUCAGAGAGAUGUAUGUUACUCCUCCGGAUACGGAUAUUUACUCAAUUCCGAGAGUUCUUGCUCCAAUGCCUCAAAAGUAUAUUCGAUGUGCGAUGAGUGACUAUGGAUGCUACGAUGUCACUGAACCUCCUAUUGAUGCUCCCCGAGAUCCACUUUACAAAUCAGAGAGGGAAAUAUCCAAGGUUUUCUUGACAAAGCAUUAUCGGAACAGAAGGUUAAACGACCCAGAGUUUGUGCUAGAUCUUGAAGAGAUCUAUGUUAUUGAUUCCAAGACAAAGUCAAUCACCAGGGCCAGAGUUCUGGUAACAGUUCCUGGAGGAAGAAAAAGGGAUAGGAAGGAUGACUUGCUUGUGAUACGCGAUAAUGGAAACUCCUUUAAAAUUAUACACGCGGGAGAAAGAGAUGACCCAACAACGGUAAUAGAAAGGGAAGAGUGGACUAAAACUCGAGAAGACAUGGAGAAACAUCUCAGAAAGCUACGAGACUUCAGUGUCUCAAAUUGGUUCUAGAAAAUAUCCCGAGAGAAACCAAGCGACAAAAAAUCUUCCUGGAGUGGAAAACGAGAGUAGAUGGUGUUAAUCAAUGAUACGGUGGAGGGACCAAAGAUGUGUUGUUCCAUGGUAUACAAUGUUUUCUGGCCUCAGGUAUUUUAUUAGGUAGCAGCAGUGGUGAAUGCAUCCGGUGUAUUGAAUGAUAUGGCUUGUAGAAUAUGUGUGUGUGCAGAGAUGCAAUAGUUUUGAUGAACUUACAUAUUCAAUGACUAGAGAAGGUAGCUUCUCUGUUUUGUUGGUUAACAAUAGUUUCAUUAUUUCCAACUAAGGUGUUUCAGCGGUGUUUAA